UUUGAAAAGCCUGAGAGGUGAAGCCGAGAGUUGUCCGUCAGUCAGUCCGUCGGUGUGUUUGUCAUGACAGGAUUGGAUUUAACAUCAUUCUGAUCUGUUUUCAGCUCUAAUGUGAAGGCCUUGAAGGUAAGAGUGUGGAAAUGGAGCCGUCAGAUCCUUCUCCGUUAAAGCGCUUCGUUCUGGCCAAGAAGAAGAUCAGCGAAGUUUUCGAGCAGCUCUUAGUUUACGUUCAGGAGGGCUGUGAGUUUGUAAAAGAAACCUGUGAUAAUGAGUCGUUGGAGAAUAUCGCCAACAAAGACCAGUUGGAUGAGAUCGACGCGUACACCAGCAAACUGUCCAUCAUUCAGGAGGUGUUGGCUCGCAGGCACAUGAAGGUGGCUUUCUUCGGCAGAACAAGCAAUGGCAAGAGCACCGUCAUCAACGCUAUGCUGCGUGACCGUGUGCUGCCCAGCGGCAUCGGACACACAACUAACUGCUUUCUGAGUGUGGAGGGAACGGAUGAGGACAAGGCCUUUCUGAAGACCGAAGGCUCUGAGGAGGAGAAAAGCAUCAAGACAGUAAAUCAGCUGGCUCACGCUCUGCAUAUGGACGAGAGUCUGGACGCCGGCUGUCUGGUCAAAGUUUUCUGGCCCAAAACAAAGUGUGUUCUGCUCAGAGACGACCUGGUUCUGGUGGACAGUCCUGGAACCGACGUGACCACAGAGCUGGACAGCUGGAUCGAUAAGUUCUGCCUGGACGCCGAUGUGUUUGUGUUAGUGGCGAACUCUGAAUCCACACUGAUGAACACGGAAAAGCAUUUCUUCCACAAGGUCAAUGAAAAACUUUCAAAGCCCAACAUCUUCAUCUUGAACAAUCGCUGGGACGCUUCUGCUGCCGAACCCGAAUACAUGGAGGACGUGCGCAAGCAGCACACGGACAGGUGUGUGAACUUCCUGGUGGAGGAGCUGAAGGUGGUGGAUCGCUCACAGGCACCGAAUCGCAUUUUCUUUGUGUCGGCGAAGGAGGUGCUGAACUCGCGGAUGCAGCGGGCGCAGGGUAUGCCAGAGACGGGAGGCGCUCUUGCUGAAGGGUUUCAGGACCGACUGAAGGAGUUCCAGAACUUUGAGAGAUCCUUUGAGGAGUGUAUCUCGCAUUCAGCAGUGAAAACUAAGUUUGAGCAGCACACAAUCAGAGCAAAGCAGAUCACAGAAACGGUCAAAGACAUCAUGGAUCAAAUCAACAUCACCGCCGCUGAAAAGAGGGUUGUUUCUCUGGAGGAGCGAGAGUAUCUGAUUGACCGGCUGGAUUUUGUUCGCAAUCAACUCAACCUGCUUAUUCAGGACAUCAAGAAGAAAAUCAAGGCCAUCACAGAGGAGGUGGAAAACAAGGUGUCAAACGCCAUGGCGGAAGAGAUCUGCCGUCUGUCGGUGAUCAUAGACGAGUUUCGUUCAGAUUUCCACCCGUCGCCUCAAGUGCUCAAAAUGUACAAAUCUGAUCUGCUCAGCCAUAUUGAGCAGGGCAUGGGCAAGAAUCUGGCUUUCCGCUGUUCUGACGCAGUCAACGCCUCUGUUCAGUGCUCUCAGCAGGACAUGAUGGAGUGUCUGAAGCCUCUGCUGCCCUCUGCUGCCCAGACGCAGCUCCACAUGCUCAUCCCCAGCCGCAAGUUUGAGCUCAGCUACGACCUGAACUGCGCCACGCUCUGCUCAGACUUCCAGGAGAACAUCGAGUUCCAGUUCUCCUUGGGCUGGUCUGCACUGGUGCAUCGGUUCCUGGGUCCCGUCAACGCCAGACGAGCCCUGAUGCUGGUGGACCAGAACCUACAGCUGACAGCACCGACCACCCCUACAGCCCCAGCGGUGGUUCAGUCCCAGAACUCCAGAGCUCCGAGUCAGAAUCAGGCCUCACUGACCCAGGAGGAGCUCAUGCUGACCAUGGUGAAUAACCUGGCCUCGGUCACCUCACGCACAUCUAUGAGCGUGAUCAUCGUUGGAGGAGUGGUGUGGCGGACAGUAGGCUGGCGUCUGAUUGCUCUCUCCAUGAGUAUGUACGGUCUGCUGUACCUGUACGAAAGACUCACCUGGACCACCAAAGCCAAGGAAAGAGCCCUGAAGAAGCAGUUUGUGGAUUACGCCACCGAGAGACUGCAAAUGAUCAUCAGUUUCACCAGCUCAAACUGCAGCCAUCAAGUGCAGCAAGAAAUCGCCAGCACGUUCGCCCGACUCUGCCAACAGGUUGACAUAACCCAGAAGGACCUGGAGAAUGACAUCCAACGCCUCACCGACAAGAUCCAGAAGCUGGAAACUGUACAAAACCGAUCCAAAGUGCUCAGACAUAAAGCCACAGCUCUGGAAAAGCAGCUGGAGGAUUUCAGCUCCCAGUAUUUGCGUCUUCAGCCCUGAUUCUGAGUUCACACGGACGUCGGCUCCAUCCAGAGAGUGAUGUAACCCGUGAAUACUGUACGCCCUCCGUUGCGCCCUGCUGUUUCGGGAAUUCUCCACUCACCAGAUGUUGCGAGGAAUGUGGAGGGGAACAAAUGUUACUUGUAGUUUAACUGGACAAAAUUUGUAUUAUUAAAUUAAAACUGGUUUGGGUUGAGGUUUUUCUGAACAGAGAUUGAGUUUUGCUGGAACUUGAAAACUUAACACUAUGAACAUGUCCUAUGGAAAACUUGAGAAGAACAACCACAUCUGAGAGCUUUUGCUUUUCAGCAUCAACAUAAUGAAGUUAAAACUUUCAUAACAAACUUUUACCUAGCCUUUUUCACAGAGCCUUUUUUCUUCAGAAACAGAGUUUAUGUCAUCAGACAGGGAAAUACAAUUUUGUAGAUUUGCCUUUUAAUCACAAAGCCUAUUUUCUAUAUGUUCCUUGGUAGUUUCUAACCCAGUAUAUCAGUAUUCUCUUUAUGAACUGUUCUUGUUUCUAAAAACAUGUGAUAUCCUGAAUUCUAGUGUAAAGCUUCUGCUGUGUAAUUAAAAAUAAUAGUCAGAUAUUACUAAA